AUGGUGCAAAAAACAUCCAAGAUCGAUGUACUGAUACGUGGUGGAACGCUUGUUGAUGGGACGGGUUCAGUACCGGUGACCGGAGACAUUGCCAUUGCUGGUAACAAGAUUGUUGAGGUAGGCAGUAAAAUCUAUGCGCCACGAGCUAAUGUCAUUGACGCAGAUGGCGCUGUCGUUGCCCCCGGUUGGGUCGAUAUUCACACGCACUAUGAUGGUCAGGUGACAUGGGACGAUACCCUUGAUCCUUCAUUCAGCAACGGCGUCACAACUUUUAUUAUGGGCAAUUGUGGUGUUGGCUUCGCGCCCUGCCGCAGCGGUGACGAACAAGCCCUCAUGGAUGUGAUGGAAGGUGUUGAAGAUAUUCCAGGUACAGCCCUGGCGGAAGGUGUGCCCUGGGGUGCGUGGCACACGUUUGAGCAAUACCUCGAUUACAUUGGCCAGCGCAAUUACUCGAUGGACUUUGGCACCCAACUGCCACACAGCGCGCUGCGUUUGCAGGUAAUGGGCGAGCGCGCCAUGAAUCAUGAAGAUGCAACAGCAGACGAUAUCGCAUCGAUGCAGGCGCUGGCUGAGUCCGCGACGCGGGCUGGAGCGCUUGGAUUUUCGACUUCACGGACUGUCUUCCACCGCAACAUUGACGGAAAUGCAAUUCCAGGCACUUAUGCCAGCGCUGACGAGUUGAUUGCGAUCGCACAAGGCAUUGCUGAAGGCGGUGGUGCUGUCAUCGAAGCGAUUUCAUCCUCCUCCAUUGGUGAUAUGGUCGCGUCCAGACAGAUCGGUUUGCUCUCUGGCUUGACCGGCUAUCACGGUUUUAUGAACCGAGGUGUCUAUAUCGACGAACUGGCCUUUCUGCCCCUGUCUGAACGCGUGCAACGUAUGCGUGACCCAGAGAUGAAACGCAGAGUAUUGGCGGAUGUUGAUCGUAACGUCCAAAAUGCCGGGUCGAUGGCAGCCCUAGCCAACGUCUUUUUGUUAAAUGCGGAGAAACUCUAUCCUCUGUGUGAUGGGUUUGAUUACGAACCCACGUCUGACGAAUCUCUUGGCGCGCGUGCCUCGCGAACAGGUAAGGUCAUCGAUGAGGUGCUGUACGAUUAUCUGAUUGAAAAUGAGGGCACCGGCUUCGCGGCAAUCCUGAGUGCAAACUAUAUAGAAGGCAAUUUGGACGUUGUGCGUGAGAUGUUGGCUCAUCCGGAAACUGUUACAGGGUUAGCCGACGCGGGUGCCCAUGUGAAUCUCAUCUGCGAUGGUUCAAUGCCAACCACUCAGCUGAAACAUUGGGCAGGCGGGCGCACGCGCGGCGAAGCUUUCCCCAUCGAAUUCAUUGUUGAAAAGCAAACCCGUCGCAAUGCGCGGCUCUAUGGCCUCAAGGAUCGCGGGACAUUAGAGGUCGGCAUGCGUGCGGACUUAAAUGUGAUAGAUAUGUCAGCGCUUUCUGUCGCCAUGCCUGUUUCUCAUCGUGAUCUGCCGGCAGGCGGCGCGCGCUUGCUGCAAAAAACUUCCGGCUACGAAGCAACACUGUUAAAUGGUAUUGUCACCCGGCGCAGUGAUGAGGACACUGGCGCUCGACCAGGACGCCUCGUACGCGGCUAG